AAGGUUCCUCAGAUCCCCAUAAGUGUUUUUGAAGCCUCAACUUUUGCUUAUCGAUGGUCGAUGUGGAGGAUUGAUACAUUGUUGGACUCUUUGAGGGACGUUUUUGAAUUUUUGGUGAUGUCUUCCAAUGACAUGGACACUCUUCUUUGAUUGGAAUAUUGUGGAUUUUGACGUGGCGGUGAGCAUGGUGGUGAGGUUGUGGUCUGUACAUUGUGUUUUUUUGAACUACUGACUGCGAAAGGUCGGGAUGUACCAACGCAGAGGAGUGGAGGACGUCUUGGAAAAAGACCAGGGCAAGUGGGCUCUACUACGUAACAUUAACCAAGCUCUGAAACCCAGCACGCUACUACCGGGUGACUAUGUCUGGCUGGACCUUAAGACGGGUCGAGAGUUUGAUGUUCCGGUUGGAGCCGUGGUUAAGCUGUGCGACUCGGGUCAGAUCCAGGUCUUGGAUGAUGAAGGAAAUGAAAACUGGAUAUCUCCUCAAAAUGCAACACACAUUAAACCGAUGCACCCAACAUCAAUCCAUGGAGUGGAGGACAUGAUCCGCCUAGGAGAUCUCAACGAGGCUGGGAUCCUGCGUAAUCUACUCAUUCGAUACAGGGAGCACCUCAUAUAUACCUACACUGGAUCCAUAUUAGUUGCAGUGAACCCCUACCAGCUACUCCCCAUCUACACUCCAGACCAGAUACGCCUUUAUACCAACAAAAAGAUCGGAGAAAUGCCCCCCCACAUCUUUGCCAUAGCCGACAACUGUUACUUCAACAUGCAGCGAAACAGUAAGGACCAGUGUUGUAUCAUUAGCGGUGAAUCUGGUGCCGGUAAAACCGAGAGCACCAAACUUAUCCUGCAAUUCCUGGCAGCUAUCAGUGGUCAACACUCGUGGAUAGAGCAACAAGUGCUGGAAGCCAAUCCCAUCCUGGAGGCUUUUGGCAACGCCAAGACAAUUCGCAAUGACAAUUCCAGUCGUUUCGGGAAGUACAUCGAUAUACACUUCAAUAAGAAAGGAGCCAUUGAGGGCGCCAAGAUCGAGCAGUAUCUGCUGGAGAAGUCUCGUGUCUGCAGACAGGCUCAAGAUGAGAGGAAUUACCACGUGUUCUACUGUAUGCUGAAAGGGAUGCCUCCAGAUCAGAAGAAGAAGCUGGGUCUUGGCAAAGCGACGGAGUACAACUACCUCUGUAUGGGGAAAUGCACCACGUGCGAUGGCAGAGAUGACAGUAAGGAAUACGCCAACAUUCGUUCUGCCAUGAAAGUUCUGAUGUUUACCGAUACGGAGAACUGGGAGAUAUCUCGCCUUCUGGCUGCCAUAUUGCACUUGGGAAACCUGCGCUACGAAGCUCGUAUGUAUGAUAACUUGGACGCCUGUGAAGUGAUUUACUCAACCUCAUUAACCACAGCAGCCAAUCUCCUGGAGGUUCAGCCUCAAGACCUGAUGAAUUGUCUAACCAGUCGAACUAUUAUCACCAGAGGAGAGACUGUGUCCACCCCCCUGAGCAUGGAACAAGCGUUGGAUGUCAGGGAUGCCUUUGUUAAGGGAAUAUACGGACGGCUCUUUGUAUGGAUCGUGGAGAAAAUCAAUGCUGCUAUUUACAGACCACUUUCCAAUGAACCAAGACUGCUCAGGAGAUCCAUCGGUCUGCUGGACAUAUUUGGCUUUGAGAACUUCACUGUAAACAGCUUUGAGCAGCUUUGCAUCAAUUUUGCCAAUGAGAACCUGCAGCAGUUCUUUGUCCGCCAUGUAUUUAAGUUGGAGCAGGAGGAAUACAACUUGGAGAAUAUCAACUGGCAGCACAUUGAGUUCACGGACAACCAGGACGCCCUGGAUAUGAUCGCUAUUAAACCUAUGAACAUCAUCUCACUCAUUGAUGAAGAGAGCAAAUUCCCAAAGGGUACAGACACCACGAUGCUGUACAAACUCAACAGCCAGCAUAGGCUCAACACCUUCUACAUCCCCCCAAAAAACUGCUAUGAGACCCAGUUCGGGAUCAAUCACUUUGCUGGGAUUGUCUACUAUGAAACAAAAGGAUUCCUGGAGAAGAAUCGGGACACUCUUCAUGGAGAUAUUAUACAGCUGGUUCACUCAUCAAAGAAUAAAUUCAUCAAGCAGAUAUUUCAGGCUGAUGUGGCUAUGUUUCUCUGUGGCUAUACCAGCACUGCUUUUGGCCAAUCAUCUACCCCUCCUGCAAAGGGGGCAGAGACCAGGAAACGCUCGCCCACCCUGAGCAGUCAGUUCAAGCGCUCACUGGAGCUGCUCAUGAGAACCCUGAGCGUGUGUCAGCCCUUCUUCGUCCGCUGUAUCAAGCCCAAUGAAUACAAGAAGCCUAUGCUGUUUGACAGAGAGCUGUGCAUCCGUCAGCUGAGGUACUCGGGAAUGAUGGAGACCAUUCGCAUCCGCAGAGCUGGGUACCCCAUACGCUAUACGUUUGUGGAGUUUGUGGACCGUUAUCGUGUGUUAAUGCCGGGGGUGAAGCCUGCUUACAAACAGGGGGAUCUGCGGGGGACAGGUCAACGUAUAGCGGAGCGUGUGCUGGGCAAGGAUGGCGACUGGCAGAUUGGCAAAACCAAGAUUUUCUUAAAGGACCACCAUGAUAUGCUGCUGGAGAUUGAAAGAGACAGAGCCAUCACCGACAAAGUCAUCCUCAUCCAGAAGGUGGUGCGGGGCUUCAAGGACAGGUCCAACUUUGUAAAAGUUAGAAAAUCGGUUCUUAUGAUCCAGAGAUACUGGAGAGGAUACAACUGCAGAAGAAACUACUCUGUGAUGAAAAUAGGCUUUCUGAGGCUUCAGGCGCUCUACCGCUCCAGAAGACUUUGCCAGCAGUACCAUAUUGUUCGCCAGCGGAUCAGCCAUUUCCAAUCACGGUGCCGAGGGUACCUGGUCCGAAGGGCUUUCCGACACCGACUGUGGGCAGUUUAUACCAUUCAGGCCUAUUCCAGGGGGAUGAUCGCCAGAAGACUUUACAAGCGCCUUAAAGGAGAGUAUCACCGGCGUUUGGAAGCCGAAAAGCUGCGCCUUGCUGAAGAAGAACGCCUGAAGAAGGAGAUGAGCGCGAAGAAAGCCAAACAGCAAGCAGAAAAGAAGCACCAAGAGCGCCUGGCCCAGCUGGCCCGUGAAGAUGCAGAGAGGGAGGUGAGGGAGAAGGAGGAAGCUCGUAGGAAGAAGGAACUGCUGGAAAAGAUGGAAAAAGCCAGAAAUGAACCGGUCAACGACUCUGAUAUGGUGGACAAAAUGUUCGGCUUUCUUGGUACCACAUCAUCACUGCCCGGGCAGGAAGGGCAGGCGCCAACAGGUUUUGAGGAUCUGGAGCGAACCCAGGGAGAAAUGGUGGAGGAGGAUUUGGAUCAGGCGCUGCCUCUCCCAGAGGAGGAAGAAGAAGAUCUCUCCGAGUAUAAGUUUGCAAAGUUUGCAGCCACUUACUUCCAAGGAACCACCACUAACACCUACAUCCGAAGACCAUUAAAGCAGCCCCUGCUCUACCAUGAAGAUGAAGGCGACCAGCUGGCUGCUCUCGCUGUUUGGAUCACUAUUCUCCGAUUUAUGGGUGACCUUCCGGAACCAAAGUACCACACGGCCAUGAGCGACGGGAGCGAGAAGAUCCCGGUGAUGACAAAGAUCUAUGAAACCCUGGGGAAAAAGACGUAUAAGAGAGAGCUCCAGGCUGUGCAAGGAGAGGGGGAGAGCGCUCACAUCGACGGCCUGAAGAAGAACAGUGUGCGCCACAAGCUGGUGUCCCUGACCUUGAAGAAGAAGUCCAAGUUAACCGAGGAGGUCACUAAAAGACUCCAUGACGGAGAGUCCACACUACAGGGUAACAGCAUGCUGGAAGAUCGGCCCACCUCAAACCUGGAGAAGCUCCAUUUCGUUAUUGGGAAUGGCAUCCUGAGGCCAGCACUACGGGAUGAAAUCUACUGCCAAAUCUCCAAGCAGCUUACCCAGAACCCCUCCAAAAGCAGCCAUGCCCGUGGCUGGAUCCUUAUGUCUCUGUGUGUGGGAUGCUUUGCCCCCUCUGAGAAGUUUGUCAAGUAUCUCAGAAACUUCAUUAGCGGGGGGCCCCCCGGAUAUGCUCCAUACUGUGAAGAGAGGAUGAGGAGGACAUUCGCCAAUGGCACCAGGACGCAGCCCCCCAGCUGGCUGGAGCUUCAGGCCACCAAAUCCAAGAAGCCGAUUAUGCUUCCUGUCACGUUCAUGGAUGGGACAACAAAGACCCUCCUCACGGAUUCGGCCACCACAGCCAAGGAACUCUGCAACUCCCUGGCCGACAAAGUCAACCUGAAGGACAGAUUUGGGUUCUCCUUAUACAUAGCUCUGUUUGAUAAGGUGUCCUCGCUGGGCAGCGGGAAUGACCAUGUGAUGGAUGCCGUAUCCCAAUGUGAGCAAUACGCCAAGGAGCAGGGAGCGCAAGAAAGGAACGCCCCCUGGAGGCUCUUUUUCAGGAAGGAAAUUUUCACCCCAUGGCACAAUCCUUCAGAAGACAACGUGGCAACCAAUCUUAUUUAUCAGCAGAUUGUUAGGGGAGUGAAGUUCGGCGAGUACCGGUGCGACAAGGAGGAAGAUUUAGCGGAGCUGGCAUCUCAGCAAUACUACGUGGACUAUGGUUCCGAGCUGAUAAUGGAAAGACUAAUGAAUCUUAUACCGUCUUAUAUUCCGGACCGUGAGAUCACGCCAUCCAAAAACGUGGAGAAAUGGGCCCAGUACAUCAUUGCUGCACACAAAAAAGGUAUAUACGCCCAGAGGAGGUCCGAUGCACAGAAGGUUAAGGAGAACGUGGUGGAUUUUGCGCGGUUUAAGUGGCCUUUGUUGUUUUCCAGAUUCUAUGAGGCCUUUAAGUUCUCGGGACCGAGCCUUCCCAAGAACGACGUGAUUGUGGCUGUGAACUGGACCGGGGUCUACUUUGUAGAUGAGCAAGAGCAGGUUCUCCUGGAGCUGUCCUUCCCUGAGAUCACAGCUGUCUCCAGCAGCAGGGGAGGAAAGCUGCAGGGACAGAGCUUCACCCUGGCCACCAUCAAAGGAGAUGAGUACACCUUCACAUCCAACAAUGCCGAAGAUAUCCGAGAACUUGUGGUGACCUUCUUGGAAGGACUAAGAAAAAGGUCCAAGUACGUGGUGGCUCUUCAGGACAAUCCAAACCCUGCCGGAGAAGAUUCAGGAUUCCUCAGUUUUAUGAAGGGAGACUUAAUCAUCCUGGACCAGGACACCGGGGAAUCCAUCAUGAAUGGCGGCUGGGCCCAUGGCUAUAAUGAGAGGACAAAGCAAAAGGGAGAUUUUCCGACAGAGAUUGUGUACGUCAUGCCAACCGUCACUAAACCCCCCUCGGAGAUUGUGACGCUGGUGACCCUGACCCCGGACCAGAGGCAGGAUGUAGUGCGGACCGUCCAGACGGCCACAUUGGAGCAGGAGGAGAAGCUGAAGCCAUACACCCUGGAGGAGUUCUCCUAUAAUUACUUCAGGCCGCCACCAAAGCACACCCUGAGCCGCGUUAUGAUCACCAAGAACCGGGGGAAGGACAAGCUGUGGUGUUACACCCGGGAGCCCAUCAAACAGGCCCUCCUGAGGAAGGUGUUAAUGAGUGACGAGCUCUCACAAGAAGCCUGCAUGGCCUUCAUAGCUAUAUUGAAGUAUAUGGGAGACUACCCGUCCAAGCGCAUGCGCUCAGUCAACGAGCUGACGGAUCAAAUCUUUGAAGGUGCCUUAAAAGCGGAACCCCUGAAGGACGAGAUCUACAGUCAGAUUCUCAAGCAGCUGACGGACAACCACAUCAAGUACAGUGAAGAGAAGGGCUGGGAGCUGCUGUGGUUGACCACUGGCCUCUUUCCACCCAGCAACAUCCUACUGCCUCAUGUACAGCGGUUCAUCCAGUCCCGGAAGCAGCAUGUCCUGGCGGCAGACUGCAUGCAUCGGCUGCAGAGAGCCCUCCGGAAUGGCUGCAGAAAGUAUCCACCACAUUUAGUUGAAGUGGAAGCCAUACAACACAAAACUACCCAAAUAUUCCACAAAGUGUACUUCCCUGAUGACACAGAUGAGGCGUUUGAAGUAGAGUCAAGCACGAAAGCCAAGGAUUUCUGCCAAGAUAUUGCUAACCGCCUUCUUCUGAAAUCCCCAGAAGGCUUCAGCCUGUUUGUGAAGAUCUCAGAUAAGGUAAUAAGUGUCCCAGAAGGAGACUUUUUCUUUGAUUUUGUCCGACAUCUGACAGACUGGAUAAAGAAAGCCCGACCAUCAAAGGAUGGUAUAGUGCCUUCUCUCACGUAUCAAGUGUUCUUUAUGAAGAAACUGUGGACCAAUACAGUUCCUGGAAAGGACUCGAUGGCUGAUUCCAUCUUCCACUACUACCAGGAGCUUCCAAAGUACCUACGAGGUUACCAUAAGUGCACCCGGGAAGAUGUCCUGCAGCUAGCCGCUCUCAUCUACAGAGUGAAGUAUGAGGAUGACAAAUCCUAUUUCCCAAACAUUCCCAAAACGCUGAAGGAGCUGGUUCCUCAAGACUUAAUCCGGCAACUAAACCCGGACGACUGGAAGAGAUCCAUUAUUGCCUACUUCAAUAAACACGCUGGCAAGACGCGAGAGGAAGCCAAGGUGGCCUUUCUGAAGAUUAUCUAUAAGUGGCCAACGUUUGGUUCAGCUUUCUUUGAGGUUAAGCAAACCACUGAGCCGCACUUCCCUGAAAUCCUCCUGAUAGCAAUCAACAAACAUGGCGUCAGCCUGAUAGAUCCGAAGACGAAGGACAUCUUGGCUACUCAUCCUUUCACAAAGAUUUCUAACUGGAGCAGCGGGAACACUUACUUCCAUAUAACCAUUGGGAAUCUGGUGAGAGGCAGCAAACUGCUGUGUGAGACCUCGCUGGGCUACAAGAUGGACGACCUGUUGACCUCCUACAUCAGCCAGAUGCUGACAUCAAUGAGCAAACAGCGAGGGGCAAAGGGCAGCAAGUGAACUGGGAAGGAGCGUUGGCAUCUUGUGGUAGACUUAAUCCGCCGCCUGAGGUCCGUGGGGUAUCCGUGUAGCUGGGGCAAGACCUUCUCCUCCCAAGUCUGGAACAUGAGCAGAGCUGAAUCCCAAAUCUCAUCUGAUUCAGAGACUGAAGGUUCAGACACCCCAUCCAGCGAGGAUGACUACCUGUAAGGGCGCAGUCACGUUUACAGUCACAAUAGGGGUGCACUGAUUUUUGGAUGGACCCUUUCGUACGGAGCAGGAGAUGACAAGAGGCCCUUGUAAAUAGUCAGUAUUUAGGAUCUGGUUGGAGCCGAUGAACAAUACAAAAUAGGAGAUACGAGAGAUGAAGCCGGAAAUAUUCCAGGAGAACACGAAGUGGACUUUUUAUAUAAAAUCUAUGAAACAGAUUAUAAUAUAUUCCAGAGUCUUAGAGCAACCUCCCAGUAUUUAAAAGUAAAAUUAACUUCUUUAUUUAUUUAACUUAAAAUGAUUAUGGCGUCCCAAAUUGUUCUGAAAUUUUGAAUUUGAAAAAAUAUAUAAUUGAGAAAAUU